AGUGAAGCGUAAGCGAACCAAGCAGCAACCUUAUUAAAGGGGAAGAAAACCUGUUUAGACGAUGUUAACUAUAUACAAAGCUGAUGAGGUUGACGUCAUUCUACACGUAUCGGACACACAAUCUGUCAAUGUGAUAAAUGAAUAACGUUCAUACCAUGCCAGGCUCCAGGCAACAACCACUACUGGAAUGUAACGAUUACACCCUAAGCUUAAAUUGCAUAGUUUAAAUAACUAGGCACGGCAGAGCUAGAUGACUGGUAUUCCCCAACAUACCACUUCUCAUUAACUCCAUGGCAUCAGUUUUCACCGGGGUACAAGAUGUUCGCCAACAUAUAAAAGGCACAGAGUACGUCUCUACUACUGAGAAUUGAUGUUGGCAUUUAAAGAAAUUGAAAAUAGCUUAAUAUAUGGCCUGAUGAUGCUCGCGGUACACAAUGUAUUAACAUCUGUUCGCUCAACUACGGGUCAUUUUUACAAAGAGCGCAUUGGCAUCGGUUCUUCCUGUGAUGUAUAUAAAGGUUAUAACAAGGAGAAUAACCGAGUUACCGCGUUAAAGAUUCUCAAAGACCAAUCAUGGAGUCGAGAAUUGCUGAAGGAGGUGACGGCAUUACAGCGACUCCGACGUCAUCCAAAUAUUGUGGAGUUUUACGGGCGGGAAUUUGAUUCAUCAACUAACUUACCAUGUCUGGUUAUGGAAUAUUGUUCUAGUGGUUCACUGUAUUCAUACUUGAAGGAAGUUGAGAACAUACACGGUUUACCAGACGCUGAAUUUCUUAUUCUAUUGAAUGAUGUCACUAGUGGUUUAGAACAUCUACGUGAACAUGGGUGUGUACACCGGGAUAUUAAACCUGGUAACAUUCUCAGGAAUAUUACACAAGAGGGGAAAUCCGUCUACAAAAUAUCCGACUUUGGGGCAAGCCGACUUCUAUCAGAAAAUUCAGAAGAAUUUCUCUCAUUGGCAGGAACCGAAGAAUACCUGCAUCCAGCCAUGUAUAAUAAAGCUUUCAUUAAUAAAAAGUCGUAUUGCGUAUUUAACCAUAAAGUCGACAUGUGGUCUCUUGGUUGUACACUGUUUCAAGCAAUAACCUGUGAGAUGCCGUAUAAACCAUUCCAAGGUGCCAGAAACGACAAACCAAUAAUGUAUGAAAUGGUGAGCAGUAAACCACGUGGUGCUAUAUCCGGAUGUCAGUAUAUAGCUGGUGGUGACAUCAUGUGGCAGCGAAAUCUCCCAGAAAAAUGCAAUAUGACCAGUGAUCUCCGCCAGUAUCUUAUCAAGAUAUUGGUUGGUCUGAUGGAAGCCGAUCCAGAAUGCCAAUGGACGUUUGAAAAAUACAAGAGUGAGGUUACACAGAUACUUGCCUUAAAACGUAUUUCUAUUUUAUACUGUGACGAACAGACCAUCCAUCAACUUUACAUGGCUCCUUCCAAAAGUGUUGCCGAAUUUAAAGAUCGGGUAGCAUAUUAUACAGACGUGGAAGCAAGUUACCAGAACUUAUAUUAUAACCAGCAUCGGUUCUCCAUAUUCCUAAAGGGCAGAUUAGAGGUGGAAGCUUUCCCGCCAACAGAUUUAAAUAGACCAAUAUGUCUGAUGUCAAAACAAUAUCGAGAGACUAACAUCAACUUGCGAUUGUCCCUAGAACCCUAUGAUAGUUUUAAUAUUAUGUCAUCCAUGUCUGGGGAUAUUCAAGUAGCCACGAGUCAGUGUGAUACAAUAAAUAAUAUAUUUAAGAAAAUGAAGGAAGCAGAAGCUGCUAUUAAAGGUUCAUCCAACUUUUCUCUUACUUUAUGGUCGGAUCUUCAGCAAAAAUACACUCGUAUGGUAAAGAUAUACCAGUUAUGGAAUGAUAGCUAUCAACAACUUGAAAUUUAUCUAGAUUUAAUCAAAUCGUCAUCUGAUAGUAAUCUUCAAAAUGGCAGGACCUCACGAAUGAAUAAAAUCUUUAAGUUCCAGGUUUUAACAGAGUUUUAUGAAAAACUGAAGAAAAUUAAAGGACAACUAACAACAUGCCAGUAUGAGGAGGUCUGGUGUACUCCACCGGUUAUGUUGGAUAAUCAUUGGUGUACAUUGGUGGGUACUCUGUUCGGGAAGGCUAAAGAUAUUUUAAACCGAAUGCAGGAUAGGAGAAAAUUGAAUAUGACGGAAAUAGAACAACUGCAACAUUCUGCAGACAGAUCAGAGUUACAAGAAUUAACAGCACGUUGUGUUUAUCUAUGGCAAACUCCCUGUGCUACUGAAAGAAAACAUUCUGUAAAGGAGUAUGAAAGAUGUAAAAAGAGGUACGAAGAUGGAGUAGUAAAAUUGACGAAAUUAGAAAGUGAACUGAAAAAUUUAGACCGAGCAAGAGAAAAAUGUAAAGUUAAAUUUCAAGAGGAGAUAUUAAAACAUUUAACCUCAAGUACCAGAAAUGAUGCCAGACGAUCACCUGAAAUUCACCAAGAAGUAAGCAUAGCGAAAAACAAGCCUAACAUGGUACAGCAUGUACGAAUUCCAUCCUCCUUAUUACCACCUCGUACUGAUCGUUCUUUAAGACAUCUUAACGCUGAAUUGAUACAGCACCGAUCAAGGUUUCAAAGGGAAAUUAGUGAAUUGCCAGAAAUACAGGUUAUGGAACUGGAUACUGAAGAUGAUGUAAAGAUUAAUGUCGAACAAGACAGCUCUAAAUUGACCCCGGUCAUAGCAAAUGAAACAGAAAUUAGUAAUAGUCAUUUGCAUGAUGGAGCAAAAUCUGAACAGAUAAUCAAAAAUUGGCAUACGCGAUUAAAGCCAAAUGGUUUAAAAGACGAGGGAUAUCAUACUAGCAGUCCUAAUGUUUUGUCGCCACUCACCCAAGACGCCGAUCUUGAAGAUGGCGAAAGCGUGACAGAAAGUGAUGUGGAUGGUCAUAACGACUCUACAGAAGAAAAUAAAGUAGGGGCAAGUUGUUUUGGUUACACCCAGGCUGCACUGGGUUGGCAAGUCGACACGACAACUGAUAAUUGUUCCACUGAAAAUGGGACAGCAAUAGAUCUUCGAAAGCUUAAGGUACCAAUAUUUAAUCUAGAGUGUGAUGUUCCUAGCUCUAGGGUGCCACAAAUAAGUGAAAUAGAAGAAGGAGAUGAGUCUGGUUAGUGUAAGAUCGACUGUUAUAAAUCAGGUAUAAUGUUGUUAGAUCUAAUGUUCUCCAUCUCUUGUUUUAUCAGUAUUAUCAAUCAGUUGAUUCAAGAUCUAUCUACUGCUAAUUACCAACAUCUAUUACCUGCGUAUUGGCACAUUUAUUAUUCUAUCUACUCCAAUAUUUUUCUUUGCACUGAUCAAAAGAAAAUCCCAAAACACACAUUCAGAUACAACUGGAAUAUUUAUUUCGGGUAAUUUUAAUGGAUUAGUAUAUUAUACUAUUUCAUGUUUCGUCUAUUUUUCGUCCUGAAAUACAGUUUUGCUGUCUGCUUUUGUGUCAAUGGAAGUUCCAGUAGGAUGUUAUCAAACAUAACUUUCGUCCUGAUUAAAAUAUUUCAUGUGGUUGUGUCUGUCUCGUGUAUGUAGAUAGAAUCCAUAUCGUCGUCGUUUUUUGGUGCAAGAGUUGUUCUGGAAUGUCUAAUUUAGCUGUGCGUAACCUUGUAGUAGUGUUUCGGUUUUGAGCCAGGAAGAGAUACGGUUGAUCAAUUCAGUUGGAAACAAGAAUAUAUACUCGUAGAAACUGUAGAACUACGCAUUAUCACUGAUGUAAUGGUGGUCCUUAGACCAACGUGACUUUAAGAAGACAAUUUCAGUGAAACAUAUUUGUUUUUCUAAACAAAAUAAUAUAGAUUUUAUUGCGUUGUGUGCCAAAUGUUUUUAUCGGAUUUUAUGUGACCAAUAUCGUUUAGAUAACACUUUCGCGAAUUGUAAACAAACUACUACUUGUGAAGGUGUUACACGCGAACAUAAUUAUAGUUGAAAAUAUUAUUAUGUAGUGGAAAACAUUAUUAAGUUGAAAAAAAAACCCCAAACAUUAUUAUGCUGUGGAAAACAUUAUUAUGUAGUGUGGAAAACAUUAUUAUGUAGUGGAAAAAAUUAUUAUAGUGGAAAUUAUUGUGGAACUUUUAUUUUGUAGUGUGUAUAAUUCUAUAUGUGACAAUUCUAUUUGUGACUAUUCUGUAUGUAACAGAUGUAACAAAGAGACAAUAUUCUGCACUUUGUUACAUAUACAAUAUGUUGUUCACAUCUCCUGUGAAACACAAUUUCUUGUCUUUGUAUAGAUUCUAGUUUCUUUAACAUUAUCCUCUUUUUUUUUACGAAAUAAAUUUUUAUUAAAUGCCCCUUUUUUUAGACCAAGUUAAGAAUGUAGUGUAUUAGUUUGUUAAUAUACUAUUUUGAAUUUCAUAACUGAAAAUGAGAUAUUGAAAUUGGGCCUUUUAAUGCAAUUCUCGUCAUUUGACUGGGUCAAAAAUGUUCAUUUUGAACCCAGUUGAUUAAAAAAUCAUAAAAAAUUGAAUUUUUAUUUGUAUUUACGUUCAAUUUAAUUUAACAAGAAUUUAACUAUUAUUUUAAGUUAAAGUGACUCUAUUGACACCAAAUAAGUUUUCAUAUCUGUCUAGUACUGAUUUGUUUAUAAACAAUAUUUUAUUGAGUAGAACUGAUGUUUCAUUGUACAUUGUAAAUAUACGUACAUUGUCAAUACACAGAUAAGUUUCCAUUUCUUUCUAGUACUGUUUUAAUUAAUAAUCAUACUUUAUUGAGUAUUACUAAAUUUACUUUUACUGGUUUCAUUGUUUAUAAAUUGAAUAUAUGUACAAACGUGGGUCAGCCUGACCAUUAUUUAUCUGUAUAAACAUAUUGUUUAGUGUGUAAAUAUGUGUGUGUGUUGUGUGUGUUGUGUGUGUGUUUGGGAACUCUCAGUUAAUAUCCCCCUCUCACUACCCAAACAUGAGUACCAAAUUCAGAAGCAAAAUGAUAUAACUGAUUGUCAGAUAUUUCAACUAUGUAUUAUAAAUAUAAAUAAACUUUUGAUUAAGCUUUGAAAAAGAGACCGAAUGCGUGGUUCUCAAUACACAUUGAAAUCAUACUUCAAUUUUGUGGAAGUUCACAGUUUUGAAGCUUGUUUAAAGUGAUUAUAUUAUAGAAUUAAAAUUUUAGAAUUCAUUUUUUUAUCACAAAUCCAGCUUGUAGACUUCUUACUAAAAAAAUUGGCUUUCAACAAUAUUGUAAUAGUUCAGAAUAUUGGGUUCCAGGGAUGACGCCACUUUUGCGUAAACAUUGCUAUCAAGCUUUAGACCGUCCUUAGAAAAAUAAAAACGGUACAUUUAUUUACGAGGUACUGUAUUAUUUAAUUGCUAGGUAUUGUAUUAAUUAAUUACGAGGUAUUAUAUUAUGAAUAUCUUUUAAAUUGUAUAUUUUUUUCUUUUGUUAAAGAUGCAUUAUGUAAAAGCUAAAUCUGCCUAUUGUAGGUCUUUAUUUUGGUUUCAAGUGUUAUAAUUAUAAACUGUUAUUUAGAAUGACAAGUAUAUAAUCAAUUCUCUAGGCGACCGGAUGGUGGAGAUUUAAACGGAUUGAAACACCACCGCCAUUUAAUGAAAUAAUUUUAAAAUGGUGAAUCGAGGCUAUGUCUCGAUUAACAAGUACCGUUGCCAUGAAAGUAAACAUCUUGUUUAGACCUUAAACAGUAAUAACUUCGCUCAAAAUAAAGUAAUUUGAAUGAAAUUACCGCUGUCAUAACCGUUGCUACGAUGAUGCACAAUCUACGCUAUAUCAUCAAACAGCCCAGAAUAUAGUAAUUUGAAUGAAAUUUUCAAUUAUAUCCAUUUUGCAUUAUCUUUUUAAAACUAGUAUAGCUAGAACGACCAGUUUUUUUUUAUCUAAAUGUUACAUAAUGCAUCUUUAACAUAUGGUUAAUGGUUUUGUAUGAUACGUAUUGUAUUUUUAAUAUGUAUUAUGGUAAUGCAACCGAGAGUGUGUCUCUUGGGGUGAAGCGGUAAAUUCUGUGCAAGGGUUCUCUGGUAGAAGCGAUCUUUGACGAUUUGCUGGAAUAUGGAGCUAGUGUGUGAUUACAGAUUCACACCAAAUAGCCCUUAACAACCUUUUGUACAACCUUUGUGUUUAACAACGGACAGGUGUGGGGUAUCGACAAAACAAAGAACGUUUUCGAUUACCAAGAUACAAUAUACCCAGGGUGCUGUUAAUGAAAUUGCUCAACACUUCAAAAACAAAACUGGCAAUGUACGUAAAACAUUCGGUAGUCUUUCCAUGAAUGUAUUAUAAAUGAAACCGUUAAAGACUUUUAUAGGAUCAUAAAGAUCGUUGGGAAUAUGUAAAUUGCCCCGUUUAAAGACUACUUUACGACCAAAUAGCGCUUGUGAUUUCUCGAUUACUGGAGAUAAUUUCUUGGUAGUCUAAAACAGGCUCAGUGGUAUCUAAAACAGAUUUUUGGCGAUAAAGAUGGAUUCUGUUUAUCUAAAAAAAAGGUUUCUGAUGAUCUGAAACAGAUUCUUGUUGAUCUUGAGCAGGCAGUUGGUGAUCUAAACCCCUUUUUGGUGAUCUGUAGCGAAAACAAGUUGUUGGUGAUCUGAUUCUGUCAUCACCUAAAACCCACACGUGGUAGCACGCACGACGUUAAACACUUUGAGGAUACGAAGGGACGUUUUGGUCCAUCCAUAGUUUAAUUAAACUGUGAAUACAAAAGCUCAGAUAUAACUGUUCUAUUAUUUAUAAUGAUAUGAAUAGAAGUCUUCUGAAGAUUAAUCUUUAAACAAAGGUAAUGAUUUUGUUCCAUUGAUCGUAAAUCUAGUAUAUAUAUAUCUCGUUUAUUUAGCAUAGUAAUUAUUUUAAUAAAAUAUUAUUUUGGCAACUACAAAAAAUAUUAAGUAUAACAAUGGACGAAACAAAAUAUAAUGUAUGUUUCUAGUUUAAAUUUCAAAAUAAAAUAAUCAAUAUAUUAAUGUACUAGAUCGAUCAGAGUUGGAACUCAAGGAAAGGUAUUUCAUAAUGAAUGAUAAUAAUAAAUUCUAAAUUUAUUACAAUGUAUUCUGUAUCAGAUUAUAAAGCCAAUGAAACACAGGUCCAUUACUGAAAUUGUUUAACUUCUAGAUCAUCGGAUACCACUUCUGCAAGCGCUGGUCGUUUUCUAUACUGUAACUUAAAUUUUGAAUAACUUCAAGAAAGCAUGGUAUCGGCCUUUGGUCACUUCAGUAAGUCGAACAGUGUAUUGUUGGCUUUAUAUAUGGCUCUCCGGGAUAAUUAAAAUCAUCUUGUUUUAGUUACAUUUUUAUUCUUGUAAUUUGUGUAUUGUUCCGUAUGUCAACUUUUUGUGUCCAUGUCCAUGCAACUACAAUGCAUAGUAAGUACAUAUUGUAUGUAUAAUUUUUGGUGUUCUUCUAAACCCCAAGUCAAUUAAUUUAUUGUAUUGUUGAUGUAAUUAUGUUUGGUUGAUGUACAAUGCUUUCUGCUCUCUCUACAAGACUUUAACUUUCUUAAUAAUCAUAACAUUUUGCCGAUCCAAAGUUUUCAAUUACGAUUAUUACCCUUGGAGGCAGUGGCAUAUAUCGAAUUUCCGAGAGGGGCGAUGAGAAACAAAAAUCGCAGACUUUCAUCGUUGACCGGCUCAUUUUGAUUAAUUAAGGCAGUUAUUGGAAGCAUCUAGUACAUGUAUACAAAAUUGACGACCAAAUUGGGACGGGUGGUGGGGCGCGUGUUAGACGGAUUGCCCCUUCACUUGAAUAACGUAGCCUACUAGCUAACAUUUAGAGAGCGUUCUACACCACCUUUGUAAUGUAUAAGAUUCAUUUUCGUAUAAUUAUCCGUUGCGGAGAGCCAUUUUCGUCUUCAUUAAAUUGUUUUUUCCAUUUGUUCAUACUUGAUUCAUAUUGUAACGCCUCUUAUUGUGGGUGGAUAAAAUCAUCAGACAACCAUUACGUUUUUUAAAAUUGUCAUAAAAAUAAGCUACAUUGUAAAUAUCACAUAAAAAAGGGAGAUUCCCCAAGUUGGCCUUAUAUAUUUGUUAUUGUGUGGAGAUAUAUUCACAUCAAAUCGUGAUGGUCCGAUGUUCGUUCGAACAUCUACCUGUACAAUGACGAUUCAGUUUAUAGUAGCAAAUAUUAUUUAACACACCCUAAAAAAAUCAUCUUGAUUUAUAAUAGUAACAUACCCGUCAUCAAUCACCAUCACCGUAUAAUGUGUUCAAUAUUCUCUGUGAUAAGAUUAUUAUGUAGAUAUCAACAUUUCAUAUGUAAUUAGUUUCUGGUAGAUGAUAUAAUUAAACACUCCCUAUCAAAUCAAAUGACAUCUUGGUUUAUAAUACAAUCAGAGAAGUCACAUAAGGUAGUUAACAUCACUUAUACUUAUCAUCGCUUUAUAAUUUAUUCAAUAUUCCUUGUAAGAAGGUCAUCAUGUAGAUCCAUCUUCAUUAGCCCAGUUCGGAGCAAAACAGUAGGACGUUAAACCCCAUUUCAUUUCAUCAUGUAGAUAUUAUGUUAUGUGUCACAGAGCCAUUAAACCUAUAGUUAAUUUCAUAUAAUAGUUCAUUUCAUAUACCACUGUCCAUCAUACCCCUGUUUUCCUUCAUCUACAUUUAUUUAUUAAUAGUAACUUGGGUUUCUUUGUUCUUUAUUUUAUUUGCUGGUGUUUAGUAUUUUAAUUAUAUUAUUUUGUUAUCGUAUAUGUAUUCAGUACAUAUUAAUCAAUAAAAAAAAAAGUAAAAUGUA